GCAAUGGGACGUGUAAGCAGCCAAGCGCUCAUCAGGUGACAGCCAGGUAAGAAGCCAAGUCCCAGCUCAGUUUGGGAAAUCCUCGUGAUAGUUCGGGGAAGUGGUGGAAUCACCAUUUCUGGGGAUAUUUAAAAGGUGGACUUGUGUCAGUUUGGGACAUGGGUUACGGACGGACUGGCAAAGCUGGAUUUGUUGUUGGGCUCGGGGACCUUAAAAAGGAAAAGAACUUAGGGUCUUUUCCAAACCGAACGACUGACUCUGUGACUGAGAGGACUGCUGGGUUGGGGGACCAGCCCAUUUAGAGCACUGACAGUGACUGGCUGGCUGAGGGGCUCACGGCUUAGGGAGCAGCCAAAAUGUGCCUCCUGGGCACAGGGGUGCAGGGAAGCUGGUCAGCCCCGGUUUGAACGCUGAUGCCUAAAUGCGGUCGGAUGCGAUGUUCUAAGAUGCAAUUUGCUGUAGUUAGCCUUUCAUUAUCGUCUGUCAUUUAUCCCUCCCUCCCCCCGUGCACUUACGUCAAGGACCUUUCCUUCCUGCCCCUGAUUGACAGCCGGAGGAGCUGCCGCUGCUAUUCCUUGGGAGGCCGGUCCCGGGCUGCCCGGCGGGGCGAGGCGGCGCUCCCGGGAAGGCGGCGCUGCUGCCGUGGCACGGGCGCCGGGAGCACCGGGAGCGGCAGGAGCAGCAUGGUGGUGCCGCCGCUGCUGCGGGCCGUCAUCAUGGGGCCGCCAGGCUCCGGGAAAGGCACCGUCUCCGCUCGGAUUAUCAAGCACUUCGGCGUGAAGCACCUCUCCAGCGGCGACCUGCUGAGGGACAAUAUGCAGAAGAGGACAGAAGUGGGGAUCCUUGCCAAGUCCUACAUUGAUCAAGGGCAGCUUAUUCCAGAUGACAUCAUGACACAACUAAUGCUGAAUGAGAUAAAAGGUCUAGACCGGUACAACUGGCUAUUGGAUGGUUUCCCCAGAACAGUUGCUCAGGCAGAAGCCCUCGAUAAAGAAUGUCACAUAGACACUGUGAUUGACCUAGACGUGCCAUUUGAGACCAUAAAGUGUCGGCUUACAGCACGCUGGAUCCACCCUGCCAGUGGUAGAGUCUACAAUCUUGAAUUCAGUCCUCCCAAAGUGCAGGGCAUUGAUGAUGUUACUGGCGAGCCGCUUGUUCAGCGCGACGAUGACAAGCCCGAGACUGUCAGCAAGAGGCUGCAGGCUUAUGAUGCACAAACAAAACCUGUUCUAGAAUAUUAUCGGAAAAAAGGGUUAUUGAAAUCCUUUUCUGGAACAGAAACCAAUAAGAUCUGGCCACAUAUCUAUGCUUUCCUUCGAACCAAGUUGCCAGAUGUGAGCCAGAAAGAUGCUGCCAACCCCAGGUGAAAAUAAGUCAAACUUCUGCGCAUCUGUCAUAGCUCACUCCCAAUUACAUAAGAUUCCACAAUCAAGGAUUUGUCCAAGUGGUCUACCACACUCAUCAAUAAUUAAAGUCCAAUGUUGUCCUUAAUUUACAUUAUGGUAAAGUUUUGUUGCCUGUGGUUAUCACUUUAAUGCUGUAUUUUUUUAUAUUAAAUAUACCUAAUUUUUAAAAUACAGUAAUUGUCUU